GAUUAUGUAAAAUACAGAGCAUGCGUAUGUUCAAUGUUCAACACCUAGAACUACAUCCAAUAGGUCAAAUUCAAACUCUAUUUAAAGAAGAUAAACCCCUAGAGCUAUCACCGAAACACUGCCUCAAUCAGAAACUUAUACUAGAUUCAAAUCAAAGUGACUGUACAACCAGAUGACUCAACAUCUCUUUCACUAGUGCUAAUAAAAGUCGUCUUUAACAUUUUGUAUGUCGUGCACCAACCGGACACUUUUGGUAACCAAAAAUUUUUCAGACUGAAUUAUCUAUUCCAUAAUCAAAAUCUACCAUAAUACCAUACAGAAGUCAAAUCCCAUAAUGUUUAAGGGGUCUAUACCAGUCAACGGAUCUAGCCGUAUAAUAAGCAACGUCAUAAAUGUUUUCACCCGUGGAAAAAGGACGAAAGCUACCAAUGUUGUCAAUGCAUCAACUCAAAAAAUAGUAAACCAAUUAUCAGCAUUAUCAGCUAGUAGAAAGCAACCUAAAUUAAUAAGAUUAUGUCAAGAAGAUUUAAUUAAACAUCAAACUAUAAUGAAUGCAUGGAGAGUUGUACAAAGACGUAAUGAACAAAAGAGAAAUAAUCAGUUAAAGAAACAGUAUCAAAGUAUUGUCAAUGCCAUGGAAGAUUUAAAGACUUCUCAUCCAGCCUUAUACAAAUUUGCUAAUUAUAAACCAAAGGAUGGUACUAGAUUUCCAUUGGAUUUAAGAAUGCCAACAGAUUUCCCUCCUAAUAAGCCAUGGGUAUAUGAUUAUGUUCCAGCCGAGACUAAUGAAAAGAGGGCUAAACAAUAGUCAUAGUCAGUAUAUAUCUAUUUAGUCAUCUUGUAAAUAAAAAAAUACAUA